AUGUUUUCAGUGAAAUCAGCUUACCACCUCCAAGUUUCUAUACAUGACAGCAAGAGUGGGCAAGGCUCUCGACCUUCUAACCACGGGGUUCUUUGGAAACUAUUAUGGAAGCUUAAAGUGCCAAACAAAGUCAAAAUGUUCCUAUGGAGGGUAGCUAAGGACAUCCUUCCCACUAGAGCCAAUUUGUAUAGAAGGAAGAUCAUUGAAUCUCCUCUAUGCCCUAUUUGCCACUCCUUUCCAAAGACCACAGCUCAUGUGCUUUGGUCAUGCAGAGCAGCUCAGGAUGUUUGGAGCCAUAGCUCGAAAAGACUUCGAAAGUGCAGGACAGAGGAACAACCUUUCCAUGAAUUGCUCACAGACCACCUUUCCCUACUCCCUGCUGAGGAACAUGUUGAACUAGUUCUCACAGCCACUGAGUUGUGGCAUAGGAGGAAAAAAUUCAUUUUUGAGUCUAGCUUCACCUCCCCUUUACAGAUCUCAAAGAUAGUCUCCACAAGGAAGAGUGAACUAGAGGAGCUUAAUAGUCAACCACAGGAGCAAUCCCUCUCAACCCGUGUACCAGUCAAGUGGUGCAAGCCCCCUACCAACUUCUACAAAAUAAAUUGGGAUGUAGCUAUUGACAGAGUGAACUGCAUGGUGGGAAUUGGAGUGGCUGUCAGAGAUUGGGAUGGUCUUGUUACAGGCACCCUUAGAAGUCCUAGAAACUCCUUCCCGGAUCCUCUUCUGGGAGAAGCCUUAGCCACCCUAUGA